CCUGGUGAUAAUGAACUCCACUGAGGAUCUAUCCAGGACUGUAGAUUCUAAAGAUGCUUUCAUGAAAAACUUCAUUGUUGUAUCCUUUGGCAUCAUAAUCAAUUACAUUAAUGGAAGUUUUGUGUUCAUCUUCUCCAGGAGUCCAGUUUUUUACAUGGAAUCAAGUGGGAUCUAUGACCCAUAAGAACACUCCCUUGAGUCUGGCUGGGAUGGCAGUUGAACGCUACAUCGCUAUCUGCAAGCCCCUGCGUCACUCACAGAUCUGCACCAUGAGAAGGACCUACAUGCUCAUUAUUCUUAUCUGGACUGUGACAUUUAUCCCUGAACUGGCUGAUAUUGUCAUUUUGUUCCUGACUCGACCACUAACUAUUUUCACCUCCAGGAUUUUGUGUUACCCUUUGGCUAUAUACAAUACAUCCUAUCAUUUAGAAAAAGCCGUUGCAGUAAAUGUACUUCUCCUGUCUUUUGUGUGGAUUACACUGAUCUACACCUAUUUCAGAGUUUUUUUCGCUGCUAAAACUGCUACCACUGAUCCAGUUUCUGCUAAAAAGGCUCAGAACACCAUUAUACUGCAUGGUGUACAGUUACUGUUCUGUAUGAUGUCUUAUAUUAGUCCUUUGUUGGAAUUAAUUCUUCUCCCACUCUUCCCCAAUGAUAGAGGUAAAAUAUUGUUUUCAAAUUAUUUCAUAACAAAUAUCUUACCACGAUUUUUAACUCCAUUUAUAUAUGGGAUUAGAGACCAAAAAUUUGUCUCAUAUUUUAAAAAGUACUUUUCAGUGUGUAGUGGAAAAGUCAGAUCAGUAAACUGAAAAACUAAAGUAACAAAA